ACGAUCUCAGGCAUAUCGACGCUCACAUCAGAUCACUGACACGCUCUCACGCAUCUCAGCGAUCAUCAUGAAUCCCAUCAGAUCAGCAUUACGACCUUCGAUUGCCUCUUAUCAGGCAAGUAUACACCCACCAACCCUCGCCUCCACUUCUGUCCUCGGCCGUCGACCACUCACGACUCCCACGAAUCCGAGUCGAGCCAAAGUUCAAGAAGGCGACCCUCAUGUCCGUGAGGAUCCAGGAGAAGCUUUGGAGGGCGAGUUGAUUGCUGAGAGGAUGCCGAGUGGGGAAGAAAUGUUCGGCUUCAAAAUGAACGAGGUGGUGGCGAAGACUGGUACUGACAUGAAGGUGCCGGGAAGGCCAAUUUACCUGGACAUGCAGGCCACCACACCCAUGGAUCCCCGAGUCCUGGACAAAAUGCUCCCUUUCUGGACAGAGCAAUAUGGAAACCCCCAUUCCCGAACUCACGCUUACGGAUGGGAAGCUGAGAACGCAGUGGACGAGGCGAGACAGCAUUUGGCAGACCUUGUUGGAGCCAAUCCGAAGGACAUGGUAUUUACCAGUGGAGCUACAGAGAGCAACAACAUGAUUAUCAAGGGUAUCGCCAAGUUUCACCAGAGCAAGAGAAAACACAUCAUUACCACGCAAACAGAACACAAAUGCGUGCUCGAUUCAUGUCGAUAUCUGUCUACAAUUGGUUUCGACAUUACCUAUCUGCCGGUCCAACCAAAUGGUCUUAUCAGUCUCGAGCAAUUGCGGAACGCUUUGCGACCCGAUACCUCUCUAGUUUCCAUCAUGACUGUGAACAAUGAGAUCGGUGUCAUUCAACCGAUGAAGGAGAUUUCCGAGACUCUCAAGACUUGGGCUCAGGAAACGAAGAACCAGAAACCAUACUUUCACACCGAUGCUGCUCAAGCAAUCGGCAAGAUCCCUAUCGACGUGGAGGAAAUGGGCAUCGAUGCUAUGUCAAUCUCGGGACACAAGAUUUACGGACCAAAGGGAAUCGGGGCAGCUUACGUCCGAAGGCGACCUCGUGUCAGGCUGGAGCCUUUGAUCCAUGGUGGAGGUCAGGAGCGAGGUCUGCGAAGCGGUACUGUUCCAGCACCCUUGGUCGUUGGACUGGGAGAGGCGGCACGCCUAGCUAAGCGAGAGAUGAGCCUUGACCAUGCGAGGAUCAAGAGUCUGUCAGAUCGCUUGGUGCAAGGCAUCAACAGUCAGGUCGAGCAUGUAAUCAGAAAUGGUGACCCGAAUGGAUACCCUGGAUGUGUCAAUCUCAGUUUCGCCUAUGUCGAAGGAGAAUCUUUGCUCAUGGCAUUGAAGGAUAUUGCCCUAUCGUCGGGAUCUGCCUGUACCUCUGCCUCUCUCGAGCCCUCUUAUGUUCUUCGAGCCCUGGGUGCUGCUGAUGACAUGGCACAUUCUUCCCUGAGAUUCGGAAUCGGUAGAUUUACGACCGAGGCCGAGGUCGACCUCGUCGUCCAGCGAAUCGUCGCUGUCGUGUCGAGGCUACGUGAGAUGAGCCCUUUGUGGGAAAUGGUGCAGGAGGGUAUUGACAUCAAUAAAAUCGAAUGGAGCCAGAGCUAGUUUUGUAUACUCGGACAGGUGUAUGUUGGCGUUGCAUUUCUUCGUAUUGCUACAAGCAGUGCGAUUCAAGUAUCCACAGCUCUAUAUCUGAGUUAUCUACAGCCGUUCCGAAUCGGAGCCUCGAUCUUCAAUCGAGAUACACAUCUGCUUUACCUCGUUGUACACAAAAUCUGCGGAUCAGCAUUCAUCGAUAGGCUACGCUCACCUUCUGUAGUCUGGCUUCAUUUC